CUCACUGAUAAAGGGGGAGGUUGUCUUUUAGUUACAUAGUUCUCGCUGCUAUCUCUAACACUCCUCUUGUAUACGUUUUUCUAUUGCUGUAGGUUUUUUCGAUAGUUUUAAAUGGUCAGAUUAUUAUUUUCUAUCGUGUCCAACUAAUAUUUUUCUUUUCUUCAAAUUGUAAAUAUUUUAUCAUGAUAAAGUUUAUUUUUCUGAUCUGCUGAGUGUUGCAUAACAGAUAGCAGUCAUGCCAGCUGUUAGGGGAGAUGGCAUGCGUGGCCUUGCAGUUUUCAUUUCAGACAUAAGAAACUGUAAAAGCAAAGAGGCAGAAGUUAAGAGAAUUAACAAAGAACUAGCUAACAUACGCAGUAAAUUCAAAGGGGAUAAAACUUUAGAUGGCUAUCAAAAAAAGAAAUAUGUGUGUAAGCUGUUAUUCAUUUUCUUGUUGGGCCAUGAUAUUGAUUUUGGUCAUAUGGAAGCAGUUAAUCUUUUGUCUUCAAACAAAUAUUCUGAAAAGCAAAUUGGAUAUCUGUUUAUAUCAGUCCUGGUUAAUACUAAUAGUGAUUUAAUUAACUUAAUUAUUCAAAGCAUAAAGAAUGAUUUAGCAUCUAGAAAUCCUAUUCAUGUUAACCUUGCUAUGCAGUGUAUAGCAAACAUUGGGAGCAGGGAGAUGGCGGAAGCUUUUGGUUAUGACAUUCCUAAGCUACUUGUUUCUGGAGAUACUAUGGAUGUUGUGAAGCAAUCUGCUGCUCUGUGUUUACUUCGCCUAUUUCGAACAUCCCAGGAAAUUAUUCCUGGAGGAGAGUGGACAUCUCGAAUAGUACAUUUAUUAAAUGAUCAACAUUUAGGAGUGGUAACAGCUGCUGCUUCAUUAAUUGAUGCUCUAGUAAAGCGCAAUCCUGAUGAAUAUAAAGGCUGUAUCAGUUUGGCUGUUUCUAGAUUAAGUAGAAUUGUAACAUCCAGUUAUACCGAUUUACAAGAUUACACCUACUAUUUUGUACCAGCACCUUGGCUUUCUGUGAAACUUUUGCGGCUUUUACAAAAUUAUACUCCACCAGAGGAUCCUGGAGUUCGUGGAAGACUAAAUGAAUGUUUGGAAACCAUUCUUAACAAAGCACAAGAACCUCCCAAAUCCAAAAAAGUUCAACAUUCCAAUGCAAAGAAUGCCGUAUUGUUUGAAGCCAUCAGUCUCAUUAUUCAUAAUGAUAGUGAACCUAAUCUAUUGGUCAGAGCCUGUAACCAAUUAGGUCAAUUCUUAUCUAACCGGGAGACCAAUCUUCGUUAUUUAGCCCUUGAAUCCAUGUGUCUACUAGCCACAUCAGAAUUUAGUCAUGAGGCUGUUAAAAAACAUCAGGAAGUUGUAAUAGUGUCAAUGAAGAUGGAAAAGGAUGUAUCAGUUAGACAACAGGCUGUUGAUUUAUUAUAUGCUAUGUGUGAUAGAAGUAAUGCAGAAGAAAUCGUUCAAGAAAUGUUGAAUUACCUUGAAACUGCUGAUUAUUCUAUUAGAGAAGAAAUGGUGUUAAAAGUUGCAAUACUAGCCGAAAAAUAUGCUACUGACUAUACUUGGUAUGUUGAUGUUAUACUCAAUCUCAUUCGAAUAGCCGGAGAUUAUGUUUCUGAAGAAGUCUGGUACAGAGUUAUUCAAAUAGUAAUUAACCGUGAUGAUGUCCAAGGCUAUGCUGCUAAAACUGUUUUUGAGGCACUUCAAGCACCUGCUUGUCAUGAAAAUAUGGUGAAGGUCGGUGGCUAUAUAUUAGGGGAAUUUGGAAAUUUAAUUGCUGGUGAUAAAAGAUCUGCUCCUAUCGUACAGUUUCAACUGCUUCAUUCAAAGUAUCACCUUUGCUCUCCAAUGACAAGAGCUUUACUCCUAUCUACAUAUGUUAAGUUUGUAAAUUUGUUCCCUGAAGUUAAACAAGUUGUUCAAGAAGUUUUCCGACAACAUAGUAAUCUUCGUAGUGCUGAUGCAGAAUUACAGCAAAGAGCUUCUGAAUACCUUCAGUUGAGCAUUAUUGCUUCUACAGAUGUUUUGGCAACUGUUUUAGAAGAAAUGCCAUCAUUUCCUGAAAGGGAAUCAUCAAUUUUAGCUGUUUUGAAGAAAAAGAAACCUGGAAGAGUACCAGAAAAUGAAAUCCGCCCUGCUCUGACACACAAUAUGAAUUCAUCUGAACAUACUACAAAUCACAAUUCAAAUAACCUAACUAGUUCUGCUGCUACAAAUAAUGCUGCAACUGACCUUCUGGGACUUUCAACUCCUCCAGCACCAACUAAUACUGGGGUCCUUUUAGAUGUUCUAGUUGGUGAUAUUUAUGGUGGGGGAAAUGCCAUCAAUAAUACUCCAUCUAGCACUAUUCAGCAAAACACUUAUAAUCCUAAAAAGUUUAUAUGUAAAAAUAAUGGAGUUUUAUUUGAAAAUGACUUGAUUCAAAUUGGUGUUAAAUGUGAAUUCAGACAGAAUUUAGGAAGGUUGGGAUUAUUUUAUGGAAAUAAGACAUCUUUUCCUUUGCAGGGUUUCACAGCUUCCCUUCUGAAUCCUAAUGAAUGGGUUACAAAACUAAGUUUACAAAUUAAACCAGUAGAGCCUGUAUUAGAUGCUGGUGCACAAAUUCAACAAAUGGUUAAUGUAGAAUGUGUUGAAGAUUACACAGAUGCUCCUAGUAUGAAUAUUUCUUUCAUUUAUAAUAAUGUUCCUCAGAAGUUGACGAUUAAGCUUCCUAUAUUCAUAAAUAAAUUUUUUGAACCUACUGAAAUGAAUGGUGAAUCGUUUUUUGCGAGAUGGAAAAAUCUAGGAGGCAAUCCACAAAAAUCACAGUUAAUAUUUCGUGCUACUCAAGGAAUGGAUUUAAUGGCCACUAGAACCAAGCUUAUUGGAUUUGGAAUGCAAUUACUUGAUGGCAUUGACCCCAAUCCUGAUAACUUUGUUUGUGCUGGUAUUGUUCAUACCAGAACUCAGCAGAUAGGAUGUCUUCUACGUUUAGAGCCUAAUAAGCAAGCUCAAAUGUAUCGCCUCACUGUAAGAUCAAGUAAAGAGUCAGUAUCUCAAGAAAUAUGCGAACUGCUCUCCGAUCAGUUCUAAAAUGAGAAAAUAACAUACACUGUGUAAGAUAAUCUCAGAUCUGUAUUUAAAUAAAUGUUUGUAAUGCUUAAUAUAGUUACCUUAUAAUCUUAUAUUUUUUAAAUGUUAUAUUUUUGUUUGGAAUAUUCAUGAAAUUUUUAUGGUUUGAAAAACAAUAUUAAAAUUUAUUGAAAAUCGUUUAAUUUUUAUUUUUGAUUUAUUUAAAACAUUAGUAUAUAA